AUGGUUGAUAGUGACACGAGCAUCACUUGCAUGUCUUAACAAUUUCGUGCAGUGAUCAGUCAGUGUUUAUCGUUAGUCGAGGAGUGUUCGUAUUCAAUUGUUUCAUUUAGUUGCAUUGGAUUGUGUGUGGAUCGUUAAUACAGAUUCCAGUACUCAAAAUGUCUCCGAACGAAGAUUUCCCGCAGCCAACAACAUUGCAAGAGGCUAUAAAUAUCAUAAAAUUUAUAACCACGUCCCAUAAAAAAGAAAUAUCAAGGUUAAAAGAGACUCAAGCAAAGCAAGCAGCUAUUAUUAAAAAGCUAGAAACAAAUAGGAAGAAAGAAUUAGAGUACUUAUCAUCAGAACUUCUUAAAUAUGAAACUAAUUUAAACGAAAGGACAGAAGAUAUCAACAGACAAAUAGCUGAAAAAGAUAAAGUAAUACAGAAACAAAAUGAAACAAUUGAAGAAUUGAAUAGAAAACUGAAUGUCAAGCACGAUUUCGUUGUACCAGAAAUCAUUGUAGAUUCCAACUCUGACUCUGGUGUGGUUUUAGAAAGUGAAGACACAAGCUCUAAAAUGGAAGAUAUGAAAGUAGAAGUGAAAGCUAGUCGAAAAUGCAGCAGAAGGUUUGCAGAUUCCAUUGGAUUCUUGCGCAGAGUUGAUUUUUCUCCCAUGAAAUAUAAACCUGGUAACGGCGGUGGUAAGAAGAAGGAAGAAAAGAAGAAUACGCUUGAAGUGCCAACGAUUCCAGUAUUAAACAAGAGGAUAUUUACUAGACAAUUUAGUAAUGAACGACCACUAAGUGAUGACGAAAGAUUAGUUUUUGAUGAUUCUAUAUUUACUGAAGGUCAGUCAGAUCCAAUAGUCGUCAGGUCAAAGAAAUUGAACGACAGUAUGAAUAACCAUUUUUCGGAUGAUGGAAGCGAUGACACGAGCGAAGAAGUUUUUGACAGAGUAAUGACCAGAAGUAGUACGAGAAGGUCCGUCAAAGCAAACCCUAAAUAUAAAAAAAUCAAUAGGAGUAAGGCAAAACUUCUGGAGCAAGUUAAAGUUAAUAUAAUAGAUUAAAGAUAGCUGAAUAUAUAACGAAAGAAAAGUAUCCAAAUGUAACCUUUUGUAGUGCAAUUAGUUAAAAUAUACUUAUGAUAAUUCACAAGUGAUUAUUGUAAAUUACGCUGAUUGUACACGUGCCAAAUGUCAUCUUAUGAAAUAAAUUGUAAUGAAAACCAUUAA